GUAUGACUCAGUGUUUGGCCAAAAGAAUUAUGGGCCACUUGGGACAGGACUGUGCAAAGGAAGGGUGUGUAUGUAUAUAAGGCACAUACGACGAGUCUAAAACAGAGGAAGAAACAUCAGCAGAGUUGUGAAACGUACAGCUUGAGCGAAUCAUGUCUCAGCAGGGGGAGGGAGAUGAGGGCAUGAUGAAGAGGCCUGAAGUGAAAGCAGAUGAUCUGAUUGGUGCAAAGGAUAAACUUGCCUCUGGGACAGAGGUGAGAGGAAAGACCUUUGAAGUAAUGCAGGAAUGCGAACAAGCUGGGAAAGUCGCUCCAUCAGUGUUCAGCAAAGUUCGCUCAGGAUCUGAGACGGCUUUUAACAAACCCACCAAAAGAAAGUGACACUAUCUACACGCUCAAUACUUAUUAUACAGCUCAUGUAUGAUAUAACAUGUUGUUCUUAAAUACUUCAUAUACACUUAAUACUUUUCAUAAAAAUGGUACAAAAAUUAUGACUGGGGUGGUAGAUUUUU